AGUAGAAUUGAUGAACAUUUGUUGGACUUAGGCUUUGUUAAAAGCCUUAGUGAAUCAACUUUAUAUGUCAAAGGUGAUCAAGCUAACUUAAUUGUGAUCUCCUUAUAUGUUGACGAUCUUCUAGUUACAAGUAACAAUGUUGAACUUAUUCAAAAGUUCAAAGAAGACAUGAUGCAAGUCUCUGAGAUGACUAACCUGAGAUAAAUGUCUUACUUUCUUGGAAUGGAGAUUGAACAAGAAGAGGAUAAAAUUUUCAUCUGUCAAAGGAAGUAUGCAAAGGAGAUACUAAAGAAAUUUAACAUGGAGAACUGUAAAAGCAUGAAUACUCCAAUGUGUCAAAAGGAGAAGCUGGGCAAGGAUGAUGGAGCUGAACAAGCAGAUGAAACUCUCUACAGAAGUUUAAUUGGCUGCUUAAUGUAUCUCACAGCAACAAGACCAGAUAUCUUGCAUGUUGUAAGUGUACUAUCAAGGUUUAUGAAUUGUGCAAGUGAAAGUCAUUUUAAAGCAGUAAAAAGGGUUCUAAGGUAUGUCAAGGGGACCUUAAGUUAUGGUAUCAAGUUCAGUACAUGUCAGAGUUUUAAGCUGCAGGGUUAUUCUGACAGUGAUUGGGCAGGAUCUUUAGAUGACAUGAAAAGUACAUCAGGCUAUUGUUUCAGCUUUGUAUCAGGUGUGUUCCGAAAAAACAAGAAAUUGUUGCACAAUCAACAGCUGAAGUAGAGUUUAUAGUAGCCACAGUUGCUGUUAAUUAGGUCUUACAGCUAAGAAAAGGUCUAAUUGAUUGACACUUGGAGCAAGGGAAGAGUAGAAAGGUGAUGGUGGACAACCAAACAACCAUAGUCAUCUCCAACAAUCCAAUUUUUCAUGAAAAAAUAAAGCAUUUCAGUAUAAAGUUGUUCUUUCUCAGAGAUGUACAAAAAGAUGGUGCAAUGUGUUUGAAGUAUUGCCAGACU